GUCCCUGGAUACUCCCCUCCCCCCUCUCAGGCCGGGGAGGAAAUGAUGUGCUAACGCCGCUUCAUUGCAGCUCCAGACACCCAUUGGAGGAACCCUGGCAGCCAGACACUUCCUCCCGCAGUAGCAACAGCGGACUCAGGGAUUUCCAGUCGCCAACGAUUCCUCCCGCACAACUUUCUUUGCUCCGCUUCAUCGAUCUCUGCUUCUGUCGCACUGUGAUCGGAUCUGUCCCCCCAGUGCGGGGAAGAGGGAGGUGCGCGCUGCUUGGGUGCAGGGGGAGGUGUCCUGCCUGGAAGAUGAGGCUGCCUAGUGCUGGGGAGAGAAGCCUCCUGCCCUGUGGAAUGGCUCGCUGAUUGUACCUAUGAUCUAUGGCUGCUUUGUCGCAACGUUAGCUCCUUGCCUCGGCCCGACCCUCUCCAGAAACCCCAUUCGCCCCAGAGCACUAAUCCGACCCCGGCUGCAGAUAGGGGCCCUGAACUUGGCAUAAAUUCUCACAGUCUGCAAGUACGGUUGAAAUCGGCUACAUUCUCUGGACAUGGAUAGCCAGUUUUAAACUAACUAGUUUUCUUCUACAUGUAGAAGAUCUUCAGUGGGACCCCAUCCUCCUGCAUGCCUUGGGUGCAGUAAAACCAGCAAUAAAAAGGAUUCAUUCCACAACAGGAAAGGACGUGUGAAGCCAUUAAGCUUGUAAAAAAAAAAAGCGAUGUACGAAUUCUCCACAGAAACGUCUGCAUUUUGGAAAUGUGCCUGGAAAGUACAACAAAUGGAGUCUUGUUUGUCCCCCCUCCUUUUUUUAUAAGAGCUGUACAAUGGUGGAUGGUGUUAUGAUUCUUCCUAUCCUUAUGAUGGUGGCUUUUUCCUCUCCCAGCAUGGAAGAUGAGGAGAUGAAGUUGAAUGCAGGGCAGUAUAAAUGCGUAUGUGAAGGGAUGUCCUGCGGCAACGGCGACCACUGUUAUGGGCAGCAGUGUUUUGCUUCGCUCAGCAACAAUGAUGGAGUCAUGGUGUCCCAAAAGGGUUGCUUCCAAGUCUAUGAACAAGGCAAAAUGACAUGCAAAACCCCUCCAUCCCAGGACCAGGCCGUGGAAUGCUGUCAGAGUGACCUCUGUAACUUGAACAUCACAGUAAAAAUAACAGGGAAAGCAAAGCAAGGGGAGGCAUUAAAUUACAGCAUGGAAACACUAACAAUCUUUAUAUUGGCCCCUGUGGUUGUGCUAGUGGUACUUUCUGUCUUGGCUGUGCUGAUCUUCCGAAAAAUUCAACAGCGUCACAUGGAGAUGCUGAGCAAUCGGGAUGCAGAAUAUGGAACCAUUGAUGGACUCAUUGCAUCCAAUGUUGGAGACAGUACACUCGCAGAAAUGUUGGAUCAUUCCUGUACAUCGGGCAGUGGUUCUGGGCUUCCAUUCCUGGUACAAAGAACAGUCGCUCGGCAGAUUACACUAGCAGAGUGUGUUGGAAAAGGCCGAUAUGGUGAAGUAUGGCGAGGUCUUUGGCAAGGAGAAAGCAUCGCAGUGAAGAUAUUUUCAUCACGAGACGAAAAAUCCUGGUUCAGGGAAACAGAGUUAUACAACACUGUGUUACUGCGUCAUGAAAAUAUUCUGGGUUUUAUUGCUUCAGACAUGACUUCCAGAAACUCCAGCACACAGUUGUGGCUAAUAACUCACUACCAUGAGCUGGGCUCCCUCUACGACUACAUGCAGGUUACCACGCUGGAUUCGAUCAGUUGCCUGCGCAUCGUUUUGUCGAUAGCCAGCGGCCUGGCUCAUUUGCAUGUGGAGAUAUUUGGCACUCAGGGGAAGCCGGCAAUUUCUCAUAGAGAUUUGAAGAGCAAGAAUAUCCUUGUGAAAAAGAACGGGCAGUGCUGCAUUGCAGAUCUAGGGCUUGCCGUCAUGCAUUCGCAAACAACCAACCAGCUGGAUGUUGGCAAUAACCCCCGCGUAGGAACAAAGCGCUACAUGGCCCCUGAAGUUCUGGAUGAAACUAUACAAGUGGAUUGUUUUGACUCUUACAAGCGAGUGGAUAUUUAUGCAUUUGGUCUUGUCCUAUGGGAGGUCGCCAGGCGGAUGGUCAGCAAUGGCAUUGUAGAAGAAUACAAGCCUCCUUUUUAUGAUGUUGUACCCAAUGACCCGAGUUUUGAAGACAUGAAGAAGGUUGUCUGUGUGGAUCAACAAAGACCAAACAUUCCCAAUAGAUGGUUCUCAGAUUCAACUCUAACAGCGCUUGCUAAGCUGAUGAAAGAAUGCUGGUAUCAAAACCCCUCCGCAAGACUCACAGCCUUACGCAUCAAAAAGACUUUAACCAAAAUUGACAAUUCUUUAGAUAAACUGAAAUCUGACUGUUAAAAACUCUAUUUGACACUGCCAUGAAAUCUGUGCGUAGUUCAUGCCGACAAAGAAGAAAAAAAGUGACACAGUGCUUGCCUGCCGAGGUGUAGACUUUGUUUCGAGCGGUUUAUUUUUAAGGGAAAUUCUCACAAAGAGAUCAUUUGAUAAAGUGUAAAAUUACGUUGUAUCCCUCUAGUGGUGCCUGUCCCAUUGUUACGUUAGGACUUCUGGCUGACCUGGAUAAACAAAGUUGGGGGGCCUUUGGCAGUUUGCAGAGAAAAAUAAAGAGGAAACAUUUUUUUUCUUUUGAAAUAUAAUUGCUGGGGGUUUAAUAUUUUUUUUAAAUCAUCUGCACGCAACAUCACAUUUGCUACGACUAAAGUGUUUGCGCUACCAUGUUGCAUUUUCAGGUUAUUUCUUUGUGAAGCGAUUUCCAACAAAACGGAAUCGUAGACACUAAAAGUGGCUGCCUGUUUGAAGACAAUCCCACAUCGGAACCUUACUCAGAGACUUGCGGUCUUGCAUCCACGCCAAAGGCUGCUCGGACAAUUUUGCAAAUAUUUUGGGUCUCUAAAGGAGCACAGAAUAUAGAACAGGACGGGCAUUAAAAAAAAAAAAAGAUGGUUCUGGAGAAAUGAAAGAAAUUCUAAGCGUUAUCCCGAUCACUCCUAUGGAAAAAAAAAAAAAAGAAAACGGAACUGGUGAUUUUUUUAAUCAGCAAUAUUGCGUGUGCUUCUCUGUUUUAUUGCACUAGCAAUUUUUUGCAUUCCUUAAUUGCACUGUUACUGUUAAUUUUAAUGACAGAUGCCAAAUAUAUGGUUGGCCGUGUAUGGAUCUGUGUUUUCGAAAUACACCAAUUUCUUUUGGUUGGUGGGGGGGGGAUGGAAGAAACUGAGAUGUGUCAGAUUUAGCUGCAUUUUACACGUGUACUGAUGUUUACAAUAAUGCUGAACAUUAGGAAUUUUUGUUGUCUAUACAAAACUUUGCAAAUUAUUUAUUACUAGUGCACUUAGCAGUUUUCAAGCAAAGCUGAUCAGUGCAGGCAGUUAACAGCUCUAUUUUGUGGUCUUUUUCUUUUCUAUUUUUUUCUUUUACACGACUAACUUUUGUGACACAUUAUGAUUAUUUCUCGAAUAUCACAUUACGAUGUCACGUUACAGUCUCCAUAUUGAGAUGGGUGUGUGCGGUCUGUAUCAAUUUCAGUUUAGAGAACCAUAAAUUUAUCUCUGUCACUCACCAUUUUUCCCUCCUCGCCUUUUAACUGACAUAGGAAUUAAAAACAUAAAAGGAAAAUUUCAGUAGAAAUUUCGGACAUUAUAAUGGGGAGAUGCAUUUCUUCUAAGCUAUAUUAUAUGUGCAUUGUUAACUCUGCCAGAAAAUAACUAUUUUGUUUUAAUCUACUUUUUGUAUUUAGUAGUUAUUUGUAUAAAUUAAAUAGAAUGUUUUGAAGUCUAA